GGAGAAGAUGCUGACGUUUGAAGAGCUGUCCGACAUCUUCUCAGAGCAUGACAAUUAUCUGACGAGUAGGGAGCUGCUGAUGAAGGAAGGAACAUCUAAGUUUGCAAAUUUGGACAGUAGUGUGAAGGAGAACCAAAAAAGGACUCAGAGACGACUUCAGCUGCAGAAAGAUAUGGGAGUAAUGCAGGGCACAGUACCUUAUCUUGGAACCUUUCUUACUGAUCUGACCAUGCUUGACACAGCCCAUCAGGACCAUGUUGAGGGUGGGUUGAUAAAUUUUGAGAAGAGAAGACGAGAGUUUGAAGUAAUUGCCCAAAUUAAACUUUUGCAAUCUGCCUGUAACAGCUACUGCCUUACACCAGAGCAAAAAUUCAUCCGAUGGUUUGAGAGACAGCAGCCCUUAACAGAGGAGGAGAGUUAUAACCUCUCACGUGAGAUUGAAGCAGCUGCAGACACUAGCACCACAUCACCGAAGCCUCGAAAAAGUAUGGUGAAGAGACUCAGCCUACUGUUUUUGGGAUCAGAUGUGAUCACCAAUAGUACACCCACCAAAGAGCAGCCAAAAUCUACUCCAAGUGGGAGCUCUGGUGAAAGCACAGAUUCUGUCAGUGUAUCAUCAUGUGAGUCGAAUCAUUCUGAAUCUGAAGAAGUCUGCAUCACGCCCAUAGACACGUCUGUAGAUACACCUGUGGACACGCCUGUGGACACGCCUGUAGACACACCUGUGGACACAGCUAUGGAUGAGCCUCAGAAAAAGCUCUCUGAAUCCUCGUCGUCUUGUUCCUCUGUACAUUCCAUGGACACACCUUCCUCAGGAGUAUCAUCUUUAAACAACAUAAACUCACCUCUUCCUUCCUCAGCCUCCAAUCCGAAGAUUCAUAAGUGCCCCAUGCCUGUGACGUGCAUUACCUCCACAGUAUCAUCUCCUCUUUACAGCCAGCAGAAUGGAGACGCAUGCAUAAUCCGGACCAGAGUAGAAAACAACAAUGGCAAUGUAUACAAAAGUAUCCUGUUGACUUGCCAAGACAAGACUCCAGCUGUCAUUCAGAGAGUUAUGUCAAAGCACAACUUAGACCCUGAUGAUUUUGAGGAUUAUGAACUUGUUCAGGUCAUCUCAGAGGACAAAGAGUUAGUCUUCCCAGACAACGCUAAUGUGUUCUAUGGCAUGAACAGCCAGGUGAAUUUUGACUUCAUGCUACGAAAAAAGCCGCCUUUAAUUUUUGGACCAUGGGAUUUUGGACAAGUGAAAAAGAGGAGCCAAUUUAGCCUGACACUCCCUAGGACGGCCCAGCGGGGGUGCUGGAGUAACAGACACAGCAAAAUCGCAUUUUGAAGAGAAGGAGCUAACACAAAGGAGAUUCGAUUUUGAUAUGGACCUUUGAUACCAUCCAGUAUUACAAAAUCACAGCAGAUGAAUGUAUCAGUAUUCAAAUCUGGAAUGCAAAGUGAGCAUUCACUAUAAUACAGAUAGAAACAUCUCUUUCCCUCUAUUAGUAUAGAGGUGGACGGCAAAAGACUUAUGGGACAGUCUAGACUAUGGAAAUAUUUUUUGCACAUUAGCCUAGGAAGGUGAGGUCAUUUUUACAGGGAAAAUUGGAACAACAAACCUCAUCUUAAGAAUUCCUCGUAAACUAACUCUUCUCCUAGGAAAACGUUUCUCCUUUGUGCCAGUAUUAACUACAACAAGGACUUGAAAAUUUAUUUUUUUAUGAACUAGAGAAGAAAAAUCGCAAUAAAAUUUCACCUGAAUUGAACAGGACGACACAACCAGCCCUUAGCUGAAUGAUAACACCAAUUUCCAAAGGGUGUGGAUGAGCUGAAAGGUUGCUAGUUUAUCAUCCUGUCUAACAAUUGCUGCCUCUGAGAGGCAUUCGCGUCAGUGAAAAAGAAGGCUUGAUGCCCUCUCAAAACACUUGUCUUUCAAAACACAACAGAAAAUGCAAUUGUGUGUGUUUGUUUCACACAGCUGACAAACUAUUUUGCACUUGUUCAAAGCCAGAAAAUACAUUUUGGGAUUUUUCCAAAGAGCAUUAGGAUAUUGGGCCAUGCUUGCUUUUGGAUGAAUGUCAUGUUUUGUUAACGAACAAGGCAAGGAAUCUCAAAAACACUAUUUCUCUGGACUUUGUCCCUGUCUUAAUGCCACUACAUUGUGUUUUUCCUUAUGCUUAGCUAAUCUAUUUAACAGGAAUCGAGGCCUUUUGCAUGUACAGUUGCAAGUACUCCAGAUUCCCUGACGUACCUCUUUUUAACGUGCAAUCACUCUUCAGGUGCAGAGCUCUUUACCUGCACUAGUCCACACAGGCAUUUUUGUUUCUGUGAGAGGUAACUAUAUUACCUUUUGUUUAAAAAAAAGAGAAGACAGACAUAUUUAUUACAGUGUCCAAAAUGACCACAGAUCUUAUAUAUUUGUAGCAAUAUUUUGAGGAAUCUACAGCCACUGCCUUCUUUAUAUGCAUCUGUUACAACUAAGUAAAGACAUCCAGGAGGGUUAGGGGGAGGUUAAAUUGCAUUAAAAAAAGCCACCCAAUGUAAGGUAAGGCGGGAUGGGGAGGCUAGUGGGGAGAGCUGGGGGACAAGCAUGCUGGGGGAGAUUGGGGUGCAGGCAGGAUCUGCGGGAGGGAUGGGGGCAGGCGCAACCUGUAGGGAGAAUGGGGAGCAGGAGGCAUCCGUGGGGAGGGGCAGGUGUGAUAUGUGGGCAGAUGGGGGGCAGGCUCAAUUCAUAGGGAAUAGGGGAGCAGAAGCGAUGAGCGGGAGGGAUUGGGGGGCAGGUGGUGUCUGCAGGGGGUAGGGAGGCAGGGGCAAUAUGGUGGGGGUGCAGCUAUGAUUCCCAGGGUGGGUUAGGAGGUCAGGUAUGAUCCAUGGGAGGGAUGGGGGGCAAAUGCGGGAGCAAGCACAAUUCAUGGAGGAUAUGGGGGCAGGCUUGAUGAGCCAGAGGGAUGGGGGGUAGCAUGAGUGGGAGGUGUUGGGGUAGGUGCAGUCCAUGUGAAGGAUGGUGGGCAGGCAGAAGGGUUGGGAGGGAUAAGGGGAAAAAGGUGGGUAGGCAUGAUCCGUGGGAGGUAUACGGGUAGGAUUACCAUAUUUCCAGUUUCAAAAAAGAGGACACCUGGCAGGGGAGGGGAAGGGGUAUAUAUCCUGACCCCCAGCCCUGCCAGUGCCCCUCACUCCUGACCCACAGCCCCUUUCCCACCCCGGAGCCCUGCUGGCUGGUG